UGGAACUGGGCAUUGGGGAGGAGCACAGAGGGAAUCCUCUUAACCAGGUAAUCUGUGCAUCCAUCUGCUACAGUCACCUACCACAUCUAUUCUCCACCAAUAUGCCAUUUCCCCGCUAGUCAACCGCAAGUGAAGGAAGACCAUGCUGCUGUCUCCUCAGGCAGAGAGGAACUGGGAGGAUCUUUGCUUGGCCCUUGAAGAUGUUUUGGAGGAGCAGUCACACAGGCAGUUGUUUGGCUUAGAGCUGGGCUCUGGAACUGGGCAGCAUGUCAUACGGUUUGCACAGAAGAUGCCAUUUGUCACAUGGCAGCCAUCAGACAUCAAAGAAGAGUCAAGGGACAGUAUCAAGGCAUAUAUUGCUGCAACUCAUGCAAAGACUGUGCUGCCACCCGUCCACCUGGACGCAAGCGAACCAUGGGAGAAAUGGGCAGGUCUUUCUCGAAGCUCUUGUGAUGUUAUUGUUGCCGUUAAUUUGCUACAGUACAGCUCCUUCAAAACAGCACAGGGGGUUUUCAGUGGAGCAGGUCAGAUCCUCAAACAAAAUGGUCUUUUGAUAAUAUAUGGGGUUUAUGCUGUUAAUGGGACCAUUACACCAAAUUGCAAUGAAGUCCUGGAUGCAGAGCUCCGAAAAAUGAAUCCAGAGUGGGGUCUUCCAGACAUUGAUGUGCUCAGACAGCUGGCCUAUGGAAAUGGGAUACGCAUGGAGCGUAUAGUGAGUGAUGUGCUGUGGAUUAACGUACUGACAAUAACCUACCACCAACCACAGUUUAUUUUUUACCUGUAAUGUUUCAUUUUCAGAUUGAGAUGGAAGAAUACUACAAAUGCCUCAUCUUCAGGAAACUUUAAAGAAGCUAAACUAUGCAAGAGAUUUACUAGUUACUUGUAAUUAUGUCAUGUCAAUCUUCAAAGUUUUUACUUAUGUAGUUGAUCCCCAUUUACCAGAUGGGCUGUGGACCAGCUCUAGACUGCAAAGCUGUAUGAUUGAUCAAAAACAACAAAUGAAUAAUAAUUACAUAAAUAAAAUUGUGAAUCAUUAAGUUAUUUGUUGCAGUAGUUGCAGUAACACACUCUGAGCUACUCCUUCCCUCACCCCAUGAUGCCCAUAACACACACAUGCUUGUGGGGGUCACCAGUGUCAUCACUUCGGUCCUGAUGUGUGCCUUAUAACUACCUAACAAGCUUUAUUGUCGGAAGAAUUUGUCUGUGACUUCACAAAUGCAAGUGAUUUAAGAGAUGCAAAGGAACCCAUUUGUGAAUGCUCCAUGUGAAGUGUCUGCGUCAGUGCAAGAAGAAGAUCAGUUCCUCAAGCUUGCAAAUGAUAGGGGGCGUCAUUCUGGAUUUAAUCUACAAGUCCGCUUGAGCCUGUGGAGGUGGUAGGUGAUAAGAGGAUGGAAGCAAAGCUGUGAUCCCUGAUGGAAAACCAGCCCCACACCCUCGACAGCACUAUAACAGCACUGGGCAGUGUCUUCAGCAGCUGACUGCUUCACCAAUGCUGUGUGGAGAAACGUUACCGCAGGUCCUUAUUUUCUGAUGCUGAGGCUGGACAACCAAGCCUGCUCCUAGUAGACCACAUGUACUACUGUUACUACUAUAACUACUAUUGUACUUAAUUUACUAUUUUUGUAUUUAUUUAAGGGUUACAUUUUCUUGUGUGAAAUGUUCUUAAACUAUAUGCUGCUGCUGCUGCAACUUUCCCCACUAAAUUAAAGGAUUCUUUUAGUUUAUACCUAUAAAAUGGGAGGUAUUCUGCAAGGAUUGUAAAAAAAAAAAAAAAAAAAAAAAGCUAAAUUGUGGAAUAUCUAGAUAAAAAGAAAACAUUUUGGCUGUCACUGUCAGUCAUAAUCUGUCGACAGGACUGCCUAGUUGCAGACAAACCUGCUCAUGCUCCCACUGAUUUGAAACAAAAAUGUGUUCUGUGCAUUUAAAAUCUUAACAUUACACAAAAGGUCAACCUUCUGUUGCCCAGUCUACAAGAAUAUUGUCUGUGGAACAAUUGAAGUAACAUUAUGGCCAAUAAGAUCAUUUAGCCCCCUCUGAUAUACUGUGUUAUGGAAAACUUUUCAAACCCUAUUGCAGCUUAUGAAACACAAAGCUGAAGUGGACAGUAAGAACCAGAUAUUUAUUAAAUAUAAUUUUAAAACGACUUAAAGUCAGACAGAUCAGUAUGAUGGAAUAAACAAGGUCACAAAUGGCAACUGAAAGGUUACAGAAAUCACUAAUUGGGCGUGUGAUGUGUACAUGCAGCACAUCAUGGUCACUCUGCAAGCAUUUCUACAUCUCUGAAUGGGUGAGUAUACUUUGGAAAGAGUGCCUACCUGUUCUUGCAGUUAUAUUGUACAGGUGCGCAUUGUAUAUGUAGCCAACUUUGCAUGUGUUAGUUAAAAAAAUGGAUGAAAAAUAGGGGACCUGGAAGAAAAAAUUACCAAAGUCAAAUGGUUUUCAGAAUCUUGAUGGUACUUAAGCAGUCAUUUUUUUAGACUGCUUUUAAUGCAUAUGUUUUAUGGUCGAAUCAGCGAAUUUUAAUUAUUUGCUCUGACUGCAUAUGUAGGCAGGAUUAAACAACCAUCUAGCUAAUUUUCUAACACUCUUCCCACAAUAAACAAUCCCUGCAAUGUGUUGUCUUUUCAGAGACUACAUCAAUAGUCCAAGCAGUGCACAACAAAUAAACAUCAAACCAAGAUGAGCCUUUGUUUUUUGGGAUACGGAUGAUCUGAAAACUAAAACUGGAAUGUUAAACUGUUAACCUGAUGAAAAUGUGAAUUAGUGCCAUUAACUCCAAGCCUUUGACUGUACUUUCAGGCUUCACUGUUAUUUGCUGCCCAAACUGUUAGUUGGGUUGCAAUAAUUCAAUUCCAUUCCAGAAAAUAACAGAAAUUUUACAUGCAAAUUUUGUUUUAGAAAAAUAUGAGACAAAGGAUGGUUGCUUCUUUUUUAAAUCUCCUAAGUUAUUAUAUUUACUUAUUCAUUUUCACUUGAAUACCACUUACUAUUUCUGCGCUUCAGUUAUUCAUUUGAUAAGGAAAUACUACAUACAUAUCAG